UUUUUAAUUAUUUAUCUUUUCAAUAUUUACUUCAGGAGUUAUAUGUUCGUCACAAUUUGGAUGUGAUGCAUAUAGAGAAGAAUGUGUGCGAAAGCAUUAUUAAUACACUGUUAAAUGUUGCUGGGAAGACUAAAGAUGGAAUUAAAGCUCGUUUGGAUUUACAAGAUAUGGGUAUUAGGAGUGGAUUACACCCACAAGAGCAAGGGACUAGAAACUACCUUCCACCAGCUAUACAUACACUUUCAAAGGACGAGAAACACUUAUUUUGUGAACGUUUGUUCUUGUUGAAGGUACCAGAUGGGUAUAGUUCAAAUAUUCGAAAUUGUGUUUCAAUGGAACAAUGCAAGCUUGUGGGUCUUAAGUCACACGAUUGUCACAUUUUGAUGCAACAAUUACUACCAGUUGCAAUAAGAGGAUUGAUGCCUAAGGGUCCAAGGGAUGCUAUAAUAAGAUUAUGUGCAUUCUUCAAUCGAAUAUGUCAACGAGUUAUUGACAGGGAGAGCUUGAUGACAUUUGAAAAUGAAGUUGCUGAAACGUUAUGCUUGUUUGAGAGAUUCUUUCCACCAUCAUUUUUUGAUGUCAUGAUUCACUUGGUGAUUCAUAUUGGACGAGAAGCACGAUUAUGUGGACCGGUUCAAUUUCGAUGGAUGUAUCCCUUUGAGAGACGUAUGAAAACACUCAAAGAAUAUGUCAGAAAUCGAGCAAGGCCUGAAGGUUGUAUUGCAGAGUCAUAUCUUGCCGAUGAGUGUGUGAUUUUUUGUAAUGAAUUCAUUAACAGAAUAGGUGAAUUGAACACAAAAAAAGGUCGUAAUGAAGAGUGGGCCAAUGAUGUGUUACUUGAAGGUCGUCCAAUUUCUGGGAAAAAAGAAAUUACGAUAACAGAUGAGUGGAUAGAAAUUGCACACCGAUAUGUUCUGCUAAACACAUCUAUUGUAGAGCCUUUUAUAGAGUAAGUCCAUGAUGGGUCCUAAUUGUUAGUUUUUAUGUUCAAAAUUAAGUAAUUUUAGCCAUUUUAUUUGAAUAAAUUAGGAUGCAUAUGGAGGAGUUAAGGAAAACAAACAAAAUUUAUGAGAGAAAUAGUGGCUUGCUUUGGAAAAGACAUGUAGAGACAUUUCCAAAAUGGCUGAAGGAAAAGGUAAACUAGUUCAUUCUGAACUGAUUUAGCUUAGUGUGUUAAGUUGAGGGAUAUGACUAAUUGAAAACUAUAUUUAAUAACAGGUUCCUAUUGAUGUGGCUGAAGAAAAAAAUUUGUUGAAAUGGCUAGCAUAUGGACCCAGAAAACAAGCAAUAUCUUACACAGGAUUUAUUAUCAAUGGUCAAAGAUUCCAUGUAAAGGAUAUUGAGAAGUCUACACAAAAUAGUGGUGUCUCCAUUGAUGCAACAACCAUGUGUAGAUCUAGUACUAAAGAUAUAUCACAAGUUGCUGGUGUAGUUUCCUACUAUGGGGUCCUAAAAGAGAUAAUCUUGUUAGAUUAUUACACAGUUCAAAUUCCAAUUUUCAAAUGUCAUUGGGCUAAUGUUCCUAAUGGUGUUAGGGUAGAAGAUGGUCUUACAUUAGUAAACCUGCACCAAAGUCAAUCACAAUUUGUUAAAGACCCUUUCAUUUUAGCUUCACAAGCUAAACAAGUUUUCUACUCUAGAGAGCAUGAUUCUUCCAGUUGGUAUGUGGUGUUAAGGGCACCCCCCAGAGGAUUUUAUGACUUGGAAUACUAUGAUAAGCAUGAGUAUAUGCCUAUCAUUUCAGAAAAAAUUUUGAAACUGAGUUGGAUGAUGUACUUGAAGAAGAUCAAUAUGUGAGAGUGGAUUGUGAGGGCACGUUAGUUUGAAUAUCAUGUUGUUUUAUUGACAAUUGAACUAAUCUUGUAGUACUUGUACUUGUUAGUUGUUAUGUUCAUUUCCCAUAUGGGACUUAUGGUGGCUGUGUUCUCAUUUU